AAUAUUAAUCCAUCAACAUUUAUAAUAAUUUGUAAAAUAGGUCCCAAAUAUAAUAAAUACUAGAUCCUCUAUAUUAUUAAUUAAACUACCUAUACUGGUGGGGGUAGUAUGCUUAGUGAAACACUCUGUAUAUAAUAUAUUUUACACGUGAGCUCGACACGAUAUUAUAAAUAUAUGGAUACUGCAAGUGUAACGUAUAUAUAAAUAUAAAACGGAUUAAAAAAAAACACGUCGAGAUGGCAAAAAGAAAUCCGAAGAAAAAGACUUACGCACAGACACGCACGCGAAUCCGUGUAAUGCGGGAAAGAAGCGCACCGCGGGAACGAAAACAAAACGGGAAAAAAACAAAAUAGGGGGAAAAGAAGCGAAAAAAGGCAUACCCAUACGGUCCCGACGCAAAAUCCAUCGUAUGCGACGCGGAGAAGAAUAUUAUAUUAUUAUCAACGCGUCGUAUAGCGAUUUCGUCGUAUCCGGCCUGGAACCCGCCCCGGAUCGAUAGUCCCGCGAGACGAGCGCGCGCGAAAUGGGCGUUCCCCUGGAGUCGACGCCUCCCGGGACCGCGCCCCACCGCGCCGGCAAGCGGGAACGCCCGGCGCGGGCCACCAUCCGACACCGUCGUCGUCGUCGUCGUGGUUCCACCGAGCGGCCGCCGUCACCGCCGCCGCCGCACUAUACCGCAGUAUCACGUCUAACGUCGAUCGCACUACACACGACCACAACAAUAUUAAUAUCAUCGUUCACGUCACAAUAAAUAAAUCAUCAUCGCGUUUCGCGCCGAAUCCGCCGCUUCCGCACCCACAUAUAUUACGGCGAUAAUUCUCGACGCGAACCCGCCGCGAUCUAUAUAUCAUACAUAAUCAGUCUACAUAUCGUUUCGUUUUAUCGUCCGUCCGCGUAUAUAUAAUAAACGUGUCAUAUAUAAUUUUGAUAAAAUUGGCGCGGUCAUCAUGUCGUGACGGGAACGGGGUCCGCCGCCGCCGACCUGCAGCAAGCAGGUGACAUGCGACACGGUACCGGUGCAACAGCCGCAGAAGCCGCGAUGCUCGUGCCACAGGACAUGCUGUCGGCCCAGACGAAGAUGUCAUACCAGCUGGGCAAGUUUUGGGCAGAACGGGUGAUGGCCCGGAAGACGGCCGCGGUGAAGACGAUCCGAGAGGUAUGCAAGGUGGUGCAAGACGUGCUGCGGGAGGUGGAGGCUCAGGAGCCGCGGUUCAUAUCGUCGCUGGUCGAGUGCAACGGCCGGUACGAGGGCUUGGACGUUGUGUCACCUACCGAGUUCGAGAUCGUGCUCUACCUGAACCAGAUGGGCGUGCUCAACUUCGUCGACGACGGGUCGCUGCCCGGGUGCGCGGUGCUCAAGCUGAGCGACGGCCGCAAGCGGAGCAUGAGUCUGUGGGUCGAGUUUAUCACGGCGUCCGGGUACCUGUCGGCCCGCAAAAUCCGGUCCCGAUUUCAGACGCUGGUGGCGCAAGCGUGCGAUAAGUGCGCAUACCGGGAUUCGGUCAAGAUGAUCGCCGACACCAGCGAGGUGAAGCUCCGGAUCCGCGAGCGGUACGUGGUGCAGAUCACGCCGUCGUUCAAGUGCGCGGGCAUAUGGCCCCGGUCGUCCGCCCACUGGCCGCUGCCGCAGAUCCCGUGGCCGCACCCUAACCUGGUUGCCGAGGUCAAGACCGAGGGGUUCGACCUGCUGUCCAAGGAGUGCGUGACAUUGCACGGCAAGCAGUCAGCUCUCGAGGGCGACGCGUGGGUUAUGUCGUUCGUGGACGUCGAGAACCGGCUCAUGUACGGCGGCUGCCGCAAGCGGUGCCUAAGCGUGCUCAAGACGCUCAGGGACCGGCACUUGGACCUGCCCGGCAACCCUGUCACCAACUACCACGUCAAGACGCUGCUGCUGUACGAGUGUGAGAAACACCCGCUUGAAAUGGAGUGGGAUGAACCAUGCCUGGGCGACCGCAUCAACGGCAUACUGCUGCAACUCAUCUCGUGCCUGCAGUGCCGACGGUGUCCACACUAUUUCUUGCCGCACGUCGACCUUUUCAAAGGCAAGGCGCCCGGCAGCCUGGAGAACGCGGCCAAGCAGACGUGGAGACUGACCAGAGAGUUGCUCACCAAUUCCAGGGCUUUCGACAAGCUGUGACGCGCGCCGCAGCCGCAGGAUCACGCAUACAGUAUAUUAUUAGGUACAAGCGGCACGCGCCUGCAUGAUCAUGCUCAUAAUAUUAUAUCAGCUAUAUAUCGCGCAUCUUCAUCGUCGUCGUCGUCGUCGCCACCAUCAUUAACUCCUCCACCGUCACCGCUGACGAGGUUUUUAUUACGUUUUGUUGUAUAUUAUUAUACAUAUUUCUUAUAUUUUUUAUUAUAUUUUUUUUCUGUCCUUUCGGCUCUCGUUCCUCUACCGCGGAGAGACAACCGCCUACCGAACAAUGUGUUUGGUAAAUAUUAUUAUAUUAUAUAUAUAUAUAUUACUGUUUUUUAUUAUACUGCGCGUAACGCUUAUAUAGGUAUAUACCGCGAUAUUAUAUAACCACUAAGACCGCCCCAUAAUCAUAUAUAUAAUAUUAUUUAAUAUGCGUAUAUGCGAGAGCGCCAUAUAAUUUAUCACUAUAACGACAUACGAUACGUUUUCAUUUUAUUUUUUUUUAAUUGUUUUUAAAUAUUAUUAGGUACAACACUUGUUGUCCGCCUCGAAAAACGAUACCAUCUAUAUCAUAUUUUUUUUUCAACGUCAUUCACAAAUAUUAUUAUUAUAUUAUUAUUCUACGCUGGACCUAUUACGCCGCCAUAUCACCUAUAUAUUUCGUACUAUUCUUUUUACUCAGCGAAUCCUGAUUAUCGCAUAUUAUUAUACACAUCAGUGGCGACUCAUCGCAAGUAUAUAUAGUUCGUAUACAAGUAUUUAUCGGUAUACACAGGUAUACACGAUUGUUUAUACUUAUAUAUUCUCGAUAAUAAUAAUAUAUUUAGGUACCUCCUAUAUUAUGUACGUUGUAUACAAUAUGUGUUCAAUUAUAUUUUUGUCAAAAUUAUUUUUAUGUAUAUUAUUAAGUGUACCGCAUAGUAACUUUAUAAUGUAUAAUAUCGUGUAUUAUACGGCGAUUAUAAUAAUAUUAUAGCCAGCAGUGGUCUCGACGAUCAAUAUCAGCUGUAUUUAUUGAUGUUUAAUUUUUGCAAUUCAAUAAAAUAUGUCAUAUGUCACCUAUAA